UUUGUGCUGAAGCAUCUCGCUCGCGAGCGCUGCGGUUCCUCUGCAAGAGGGGCGAGGCCGGCUGGGAACAGGAGGACCAGCGCUGUGCACCGGGAGCUGCUGCUGGUGACCGUGGCGCUUCCUCGCAGCACCCUCAGCAGAAGGGUUCGGCUGGGUGAGCUCCGGCGUGGAAACACCAGCCCGACCCCGCCGUGCACGGAGAGCACCUCGAGGAGCGGAGCCUGCUCCGCGCUCCUGCUGCUGCCAGCCCCAGCGCUGCCAGGUGACAGCGGGGAGCGAGCGGCGGCGCAGGCGCCGUUAAUGAUUACCCCCCCCAGGCUCCCUGCUCCUGCCCCGGCUGCAGGCUGGAAGCAGCAUGCUGCUGCUGGCUCUCCUGCUCCUGGUGCUGCCGGGCCCCGCCGGGUGCCCCAGGACCGAGCCCCUGAGCGGGUCCAGCGACGAGCCCCUCUUCCGCGGCGCGGAUCGCUACGACUUCGCCGUCAUCGUCCCCGCCGGCGCCACCGAGUGCUUCUGGCAGUUUGCACACCAGAGCGGCAACUUCUUCUUCAGCUACGAGGUCCAGCGGGCGACGGGCUUCGCCAACAGCAGGAUCAUCCUGGCCACAGCGAGCGACCCCAACGGCUUCCAGAUCGGCGCUUCCCAGGACGUGCGAGGACAGAUCAACUUCCCCACCAGGGAGACAGGUUUCUACCAGCUGUGCCUGGACAACCAGCAUAACCACUUCGGCUUCAUGCAGGUGUACCUCAACUUUGGUGUCUACUACGAUGGCUUCAACGUGGAGAGGGAGCAGCCAGCAGAGAGGAGGCAGCUGAAUGACACCUUGGAGGCCAUCGGGGUCAGCAUUCACAAGCUGCAGCUCCACAUCUUCCACAUGUGGCGGUUCUACAACUUUGCCCGGAUGAGGAAAGGGGCCGACUCCUUCCUGCUCGAGUCCAACUACCACUACGUCAACUGCUGGUCGAUGGCGCAGAGCUGUGUCAUUGUCCUCUCGGGGGUCCUGCAGCUUUACUUCUUGAAGCGUCUCUUCAACGUGCAGGGCUCCAGCAAGCCGAGGUGCUGACAGCGCCCCGACGGGAGCGGCGCUCAGCCUGCCUCUGCCCGCAGCACUGGGACCGAGCUGCAUCAGCCCCUCCUGCUGCGUGCUGA